UUGAACUACGCGCUUGGGAGAGUUGGGAGUGGGAGAGCGACUGCAGCGCCGCGAUGCGUUCGACUUUUUAGUUGACGUGCAGCCUCUUUCUAAUUUUCAAUGUGGCACGCGUAGGUCAUUUUUAGCGGCACAUCAUGAAGUUGAACGUGUCGUACCCGGCCACGGGUUGCCAAAAGCUUUUCGAAAUCGUUGAUGAGCAUAAACUUCGAGUUUUCUAUGAAAAGCGUAUGGGUGCCGAAGUCGAAGCCGACUCGCUCGGCGACGACUGGAAAGGCUACGUCGUACGUGUUGCCGGCGGCAACGACAAGCAAGGGUUUCCUAUGAAGCAGGGUGUCCUUACUAACAGUCGUGUUCGUCUGCUCCUGUCCAAGGGCCACUCGUGCUACCGACCAAGGAGGACGGGUGAGAGGAAACGCAAGUCUGUGCGUGGUUGCAUUGUUGACGGAAACCUCAGUGUCCUUGCCCUCGUCAUUGUCAAGAAGGGAGACAAUGAAAUCCCAGGGCUGACCGACGGCUCUGUUCCACGCAGACUGGGCCCCAAGAGGGCGUCAAAGAUCCGCAAGUUGUUCAACCUUACCAAGGAAGACGACGUAAGGCAGUACGUGAUCAAGAGAGCCCUUCCCCUUAAGGAGGGAAAGACCAAGCAGCGCUUCAAGGCCCCUAAGAUCCAACGCCUCAUCACUCCAGUCACCAUCCAACGCAAGAGGCAUCGCGCAGCGCUCAAGAAGAAGCGCGCCCUCAAGGCCAAGGACCAGGCGACUGAGUAUGCCAAGCUGUUGGCUGUUCGUCAGAAGGAGGCUAAGGAUCGUCGGCUCUCUGAGAAGAGGAGGAGAUCGGCAUCCAUGCGCGACUCUAAAUCUUCAUCACAGAGCGCGCCCACCAAGUAAUUCCAUCUGUCUCCUCUUUACCUUCUAAUAAAGUGAGUUGCUACAA